AUGAAGGCCUACGUGUCGCCAUCUGCCCCUGCGUCGUUGGAUUCUGCGGCAAAUUCAGCCGGCGAGGAGACCAACAUCGCGAACGGAAAAACUCAGUCCACCACAGUCGCAACUGUGCUGCCACAGGGCAAAAUUUUAUCUGGUAUGUCACCCAGCCUCCGCUUAGUUUGUUGUUUCCUGCUUCCUCCGGGUCGUCUUGUCUUUUGA